AUGAUGGACAUGGACUGGGACGACAUUGCCUUGGAGCGGUUUGAGGCGCAAAAGCGGGAAUGGAUACUGCUUUUACGCGCGUCUGCCGAUGGCCUGUUAAAACUCAUAUGUCCAUUACGAGGACAUGAGAUUAUGAAAGUCAUCACUGUUACUGGUGGCUCCUUCAAUUGUGGUAUUCGUGUACGUUUCGAGGACAACAAGCCGGACUGGUUUGUGCGAUUUCCCAUGGCUGGUAGCUCCAUGUUUCGGGAUGAGAAAACUCGCAAUGAAGUCGCAGUUAUGCAAUAUAUCGAGAAGAAUACCAAAAUUCCUAUUCCACGUAUAGUAGCUUACGGCAUGAGCCACGAAAACCCUUCUGGACUUGGCCCGUUUAUCAUCAUGGAAUGGGUAGAUGGCAAGAAAAUGUCAGAAAUUCUCUGUGGCAGCGUCUCUGAGGAGAGAGGACGAAAAAUAGACCCAGAAAUCGACAUUUCUGUGCUGAAAACACUCUACGGGCGCAUGGCGGACAUACUGCUAGAGCUUUGGGACCAUGAUUUUGAAGCCAUCGGUGGACUUCAUAGGGAAGACAUGGGUGACUCUACAAAUUGGAAAGUUAAGCACCGUCCACUGACGCUAGAAAUGAAUGAACUGCUGCGGUGUACCGGUAUUUCUGGAAAAUCAUUUCCAAAAGGGCCCUUUCACACCACUGCAGAUUAUAUAUUGGAUCUUGCAAACCAACAGUUUGACCAUCUCUCAGAACAACGAAAUUCUGUGUGGAACUCACAGGACUGUCGAGAAAAAUAUACCUGUCGCCAUUUGUUUCGGGCAUUAAUUCCCUACUUCCUGUCGAAACACAGAGCUGAUAACAGAGGACCUUUUAAGCUAUUCGGCGACGACUUGUGCCCUGGUAAUGUUUUAGUGAACGAAGAAACGCUAGAGAACUGGUCAGGAACUACAGAAAAUUUUGUUGAGGAAUACACUCCUCGACUGAACCUGUUCCUCGAGGCAAUGAAAGAGCGUGAAACUGCCAGAGGCGGCAAAAAUGAACCCGGAGCUGUGCUCUUAUCUUCGAGAAUGCAGUCGUCAAUGGCCGAUCGGUCCUUUUGGUUUGUGCAUGCUAUUCGUAAGACCCUAAAUUUGGAUAACCUGUAUUGGUCAAAUCUUGAUGUUCACUACUACGGUCCUCGAGCUUCGAUAGCAGAGAGGGUAUAUAGGUCCACAACAAUGACACCUAUGCGCCAUGAUCGUGAGGCGUUUACUCGUCGUAAAAUGGACGAUCUUCGCCAGUAUCUUUUAGAAAGAGGAGAAAAGCAAAUAGAAUACGAUGAAGUAGAAGAUUAUUUAAAAGUCAAGGAAAUGCAAUUACCAAUUAGACCGCGAGAAACUAAAGAUAUAUCCCCAGAAUGCUAG